UUGUUUUAAGUGAUUGUGACUGGUUCGACGCAAUUGUUGAGUAUUUUCAUAAUGUUAUCGAUUAUUGUUGUAAUACGCGCGGUAUUUUUUUUUCGAAAACUUAACCAACCUAAUAGUUCAGUGGAUAACCGUUCAUGCUUGAUCAUUUAUUUAAACGUAGAACAUAUUUGAGUGGAUUCAAGGAUCCCUGCAACUUCUAAUCCAUCUAUAGAUUGGUUCUGGGUUCAAUUUUGUCCGGUUCUAACCGAACGUUUUAUAUAUAGGAUGGUGUACCCCGAACAACUGAAUCUAGACCAAAUCGUUGGAAAGUCUGCUCAAAACGCUUCUUCUUGGUGUAGCGAACCCUUAGAGGAAAACAGCAAUAACAUAAAUGUGUCGGAAGAACUGAAAAAUCGAAAGUGCCCCAAUAAUACAGCUGAUUGCGGAAACAGGAAUGGCCCCGAUGAAACGAUUUUUUCUAAUUCUAAUUUAACCAACCCCAUGCCACAAACGAUAGCUAACAGGCAGUUCAUACAGGACCGAGUACGGCAUCUUGUAGAAGCAUUUUCAACUCGAGCUCAAGCCGCUAGAGAAAAAAUAGAAACCCCUGCCACCCCCUCAUCUAUCAGCAGCCGGGAAACAAUCGAUCCUCAGUCUAGGAUUCCCUUGAAUCCAAAACUUAGCAUUUCCUUUUCCGAUAAGUACGAUGAACAUUUACCGGAAAUCAAAAUACAAAACGGAUUCUCCAAAUUCUUCGAAACGCAAAUCAUUGACCCAAAUUCCAAAUUCUACAUCACGUGGAUGUGCGUAGCAGCCAUGUCGGUCCUCUACAAUGCUUGGGUGAUUCCCUUGAGGAGCACCUUCCCUUAUCAAACAAAAGAAAACAGGCCGAUAUGGAUGACGUUCGACUACAUGGCUGACUUGAUUUACUUGAUCGAUGCGCUUUUUAUCCAGCCGAGAGUCAAAUAUUUGAACGACGGCUUCUGGGUCACUGACGUUAGGUUAUUGAGGAGGAAUUAUAUUAAAAACAAACGUUUUAAGCUGGAUCUUCUGUCUCUUCUGCCCCUCGAUUUUCUAUACUUCAUCUGGGGCCCGGAGUUCGUCGUUCUACGCUUCCCGAGGUUUCUCAAAAUCUACACUUUCUGGGAAUUCUUUAGCUUCAUGGAUAAAUUGCUCUCCAACCCAUACAUAAUCAGGGUAACCAGAACGCUCAUGUAUAUGAUGUAUUUGAUCCACUUGAACGCUUGCGCAUACUACUCGUUUUCCGCUUGGGAAGGAAUCGGCAGCAAUAACUUCGUGUACAAUGGACAAGGAAACGCUUACAUCAAAUGUUUUUAUUUCGCAACAAAGACUGCCACUUCGAUUGGUAAAAAUCCGAAACCAACUCAGGAAAUCGAAUACAUGUUCAUGACCUUUUCAUGGUUGAUGGGCGUCUUCGUAUUCGCCCUUCUCAUAGGUCAAAUUCGUGACAUCAUUUCCACGGCUACCAGAUCGAAGACAGAAUACAGAAAACUCGUUGACGAAACGUUGGAGUACAUGCGUAGACUGAACUUGCCGCAGGAUAUGCAACGGAGAGUCCAAUUGUGGUUCAACUACACCUGGGAAACUCAAAGGACCUUAGAUGAAAACACAAUUAUGGACUGUUUGCCACACAAGAUGAAGACUGAUAUAGCUAUAAACGUCCACAUCCAGACGCUGAGCAAGGUGAAGUUGUUCGCCGAUUGCGAUGAAGCUCUUUUGAGGGAGUUGGUUUUGCAACUGAAAUCCGUAAUUUACCUGCCAGGGGAUAUAGUUUGUAAGAAGGGGGACGUAGGAAAAGAAAUGUACAUUAUACAGUCGGGAAAGGUUCAGGUUAUAGGAACGUCAGGAAAUGAAGUUUUGGCGACACUUUCUGAAGGUUCCGUAUUCGGAGAGAUAAGUCUGUUGGGUAUCCAAGGAAUGAAUAGAAGAACAGCCGACGUAAGGUCUCAAGGCUACUCGAACCUUUUCGUUUUGAGUAAGGCAGACUUGAACGCGGCUUUAUCUCAUUAUCCAGAAGCUCAAGAAUUGCUCAAUAAGAAAGCGAAAGCUUUAAUGAAGAAAAAUGCAGCCCUAGAGAGGAAACAUAAAGCAAUGAUCAUCAUAAAAAAUCCCAGCACUCCUCAAAGUCAAGCCAAACUUUUAAACACUGUCCUUCAGGUUGUGCCUCCAGAUUCCAGAGCGAACAGGCUUUUAAGGUAUGGAAGUAGGGGGAAGCCCAUGCCAAAUCCAGAAUAUGAUAAACUCAAAUAUAGAAACAGUUUACCUGCUAUUGAGAUAUAUAAUGGAGCAAAUGACAAAACUUUUCAAACGAAAGUGACUGUGCACCGAAGUAUGAGCUGAAACUCUUAGUUGUUUGGAAAAAACUUUAAUACAUUAUUUUUUUAUUACAAAGCAAUGAAUAAAUAAAUCUUUGUAAUUUU